AAUGUGACACCAUGGAUUCCCAUCAUUCCCGCCCUACAAGCCUCUGCGAACUCCCAAACGUAGUGGUAAAGCCUCCAAAGCUCGAUGGCGCAAUCACCUCUGCUCCGCUUUCUACCUCAUCCCUUCUGCAGUCCUCACCAACGCUUGGGUUUGGUAUCAUUCAAAUUUUCCAGCACUUCUUCCAUUAAUGCCUUCUCUGCUGCUCGACAUACCCCCAUUUUCUUGACCAAAGCCACUGCCAAAGCCAAAGCCAAAGCCAAAGCCAAAGCAAAAGCUAAAACCGAUGGUAAAGCAGAGGCCAAUCUCGGAGCCAAAGACGCAGCCAAAUCCGAAGCUCAAUCAUUUUCUGUUCGCACCAGUAGGAACGAGCUUGAUGCUGUCAACAUUGCAGAUGACGUAACUCAGUUGAUUGGGAGAACACCCAUGGUAUACCUCAACAAAGUUACAGAAGGAUGUGUGGCAAAUAUAGCUGCAAAACUUGAAUCGAUGGAGCCUUGUCGAAGUGUUAAGGAUAGAAUUGGUUAUAGUAUGAUACAUGAUGCUGAAGAAAGUGGAGCAAUUAUUCCCGGAAAGAGUAUAUUAGUUGAACCAACUAGUGGCAAUACAGGACUGGGUAUUGCUUUUGUGGCAGCAACUAAGGGAUACAAACUUGUGGUCACCAUGCCUGCAUCCAUAAAUCUUGAAAAGCGGGUCCUUUUGCGUGCAUAUGGAGCGGAGAUUGUUCUGACAGAUCCAGAGAAAGGUUUAAAAGGGGCUGUUGAUAAAGCAGAAGAAAUAGUUAGGAACACAUCAAAUGCAUACAUGCUUCAACAGUUUGAUAACACAUCAAAUACAAAGAUCCAUUUUGAAACCACAGGCCCAGAAAUAUGGGAGGAUGCUAUGGGUAGUGUUGACAUAUUUGUAGCAGGAAUGGGGACUGGAGGUACUAUUACAGGCACUGGGUGUUAUUUGAAAAAGAUGAAAAAAGAUAUUAAGGUAGUUGGAGUAGAACCUGCAGAGCGGAGUGUAAUUUGCGGGGAGAACCCAGGUUAUGUACCAAGAAUUUUGGAUGUUAAAUUGCUUGAUGAGGUUAUAAAGGUCACAAACAAUGAAGCAGUUGAAAUGGCAAGGAAAUUGGCAUUGGAGGAAGGAUUACUGGUUGGUAUUUCUUCAGGAGCUGCUGCUGCCGCUGCCAUAAGCAUUGCAAAAAGACCAGAAAAUGCUGGAAAACUUAUUGUGGUGGUUUUCCCUAGUUUUGGUGAGAGGUACAUUCCCACUGUUCUUUUCAACUCUAUUUAUGAAGUGGUUCGAGAUAUGCGACAAGAAUAGUGUUGAUCAACUAUCAAGGCCAAUUUAUUCUUCGUAUCCCCAGAGUAGCAACCAUUGAUCGGUACGAGAGCUGUUUACAUUUUAAUGUUGACUUUCAUCAAUGCAAAUAGAUCAAUUACUUACUAUUGUUAGCCAGUUGUGCAAAUUUUCACAGAAUCUCUGUGCAUGGGAGUCUUCAGUCUUGGGGAAUUGUAGAGGAAACUGAUUGCGUUUCAUAAAUUGUAAUUAUAGCAGUCAUUCUUUGUA